AUGGACUCGCUUUUUACUCACGACAACCUGAAGGCUCUGCAGGAAUUACUGUGCAAUCAGGAAGAUUCUGGAGGAGAUGACGAAGAAGUGAACUGCUCGUUCGCUGCGAAAAUGAAGCCUAGUGACAUUGUUUCGGAAAGAAGACCAAAAAACGAAGCAAGAUCAGGAGGGCAUAAGGAGCAGACAGACUCCAUAUGGAAAGACGACGAAGUGCCUGAGGGAAAUGAGUAUGAAGAAAUACAUGACCCAAGACCACAGCCCCAGUACGAGUUAUUCUACAAGCAAGCAGUAACCACUGAAGAUAUUUACCUUCAAAUGGGUAUGAAGAAUCCAACCACGGCCAGUUGCGAGUUCUUAGUGGCAAGAAUCAUGCUUCCCGGAUGUCAAAAGGAUGAUCUCACGUUGGAUAUAAAAAGCAAAUUCUUGGAUCUCCGUACACCCCAGUAUAAACUCGGACUACACCUUCCAAAUCCGGUUGAUCCGGACUCUGGCAAGGCACAGUGGAACGAGGAAUCGCAAGUUCUUGAAGUGACAAUGCGGAACAAACGGGAGUUUGACUUCAUGAACGAAUAACGGAUGUUGAAGUGUGGGAGGAUAUUUUACCAUCUGAUUGCGCACCACCCAGAAGGGAAAAAUUUCCAUUGUAAUGUUCAGUUUGAUGUUCUGUCAUUGUCCACUACGUUCCAGAUGACUGAGGUUGUAAAAAUGCUUAUUGUAUUAGAUUGUACCCUUAUUGGCUCUCGGGCAGCACUAUCAGCAAU